GACACCACUUUGAAAAUCUGAAACUCUGAAAUGUGUCAAAAUUUUCCGUUAAAUAUAAAAAAUAGAUAAAAAAAAUACAAUUUUUGAAAAAUGCAUUCGUGGAGUAACGUUUCUGAUUCUUCCUUGACGGGAGUUUUUAAGUGCUUUAUUUGUGCCAGCCAAGUACAAGACGCUCACCUCUGCCCACAUUGUUCAAAAUUAUUCUGUUACGAUUGCAUUUCGAGAUGGUUAACCGAACAGUUAAGCGAAUGUCCAAAUUGUAGGGUUUCUUUGGAUGUUGAAGAACUGGUAGCUUGUCGUUGGGUAGCCGAAGUUACUCAACACUUAAAUAUGCUUCAAGCACAUAACAGCGCUUAUUGCGAUGAAAAUCCGAAAGACAUUUGUACAAUACACGGUGAGAAAUUAUCUGUUUUCUGUUGGACGUGUCAUUGUUGUAUUUGCCACGAAUGCGCUCUUUGGGGAGGAACCCACACCGGACAUACGUUUAAGCCAAUUUCGGAAGUGUACGCUCAAGAAGUAUCUAGAAUUCGUAAAGAAGCUAAUAAUCUUCGAAAAAGAUUAACUAAACUUGUUACAAAUGCUCAACAAGUAGAAAAAGCAGCGGUUACAAUUCGUCGUGUGAAAAACCAGCGUCUUCGUGAAAUGCAAGAUAUGAUCGGAAAAGCUGUUGUGGCAUUAGAUAGGCAGUUAAAACCGAAAAUGAUGACGUUAAAAGGACAACAACAGUGUAUAACGAAAGAAUCGAGUAAUUUGGAAAUGUUACUCUCACAGAUCGAUCACCAAUUAAAAACGUGUUCUCAAUCUGAAUUGUUAACGAAAAGCGCCGAAUUAGCGAAAAUGAUUUACGCAGUUAAACAAUGUCAAGGUUAUUAUUCAGGGUUAUUAGCCGUCGAACGUUAACUUUUUUUCAACCGCCUGUAUCAAGUUCCCAGCAAUGUUAUUAUUUUUGAAUUCGACGAUAUUUUUUUCAAUCAACUCAAUCUUAUAUUAAUAACCAAACCGAUCGUAUGUAGAGUAAAUUUAUGAAAUUGUAUAAGCAGGUUAGAUUAUAAGAGAUUGAAACCAAAUUGUAGCCAAUAUCAAUUAAUUAUAUCAGAAUUAAGAUUUC